GGCGACGCCAAAAUUGUCUGAAAACAGGUCCACAAAUGUUACUCAACGCACGCCUCGGAAGGCAGCUGCAUUUGACCAAGCCGCUGGUCUCCGGUCGAAUAAAACCUCAACUACAUUGAUCAAAAAUCGGUCCGAUCGUAAACGUCAUAGCAAACCAUCAAACAAAAGUUCCGUCAAGUUUUCAAAAGUACACUCAAGUGAAUCAUUGUCUUUGAGAGGCAGUGGAGAAUUCGUGACACCAGCGGAAGAGUUUUGUAAUCAACGAACGCGAUCUUUUUCCCACUGCUCGAUAUCCGGUUAUCAACACGGUUUGGUCGUGGGCAGUCCGAAUUCCCAACAGUUUAUCGAACAGAAUAUGCAGGCUAAUGCAGCCCCGGAUGUGGGAUGGACAUCCUUUUCCAGUUCAGCUAUUCAGCCUAAACAACGUCCCUCUAAUACACC